AUGCAUACCUUUCGCAGGCGAGACAAGAAUGACAGCGGCAUCUGGCGACCAGGAAUUAGCAACGCGUGGAAAAAGCACAGAGGAUUUCAGGACACCUUGCAGCAGCUUUUUGUGGAAGCAGGGGAAGAUUAUAGGAACAUGUGCGUCUGGUUUCACGAAGGACUUGGAAAGAAGCCACGGCCUGCUGAUGAGUUCUUCGGCCACUGGCACACUUUCUUCCAGGGUGUGCGAGCUGCAUUAGAAGGGCUUUAUGGUGGGAGGACAAAGCGGCGCAAAGCUGCUAGGUCCAAGAUUCUGCGACCGUACGACCAAUUCAGACAGUCUUUGUCGUUGAAGGAGCCACUCAAGGAGUAG